AUGAUGUCCUCUAAUGUCCUGUCGCGCUUCCUUCCCCCAACAGACUCACCGUCAGUCUACGAAGCUAUUCAAGAACACGAGUUAUCUGAUUCCUCCGAUAUCGAACAACGUGCGGGGAGGGAUCCGGCAUCAAGUAACCAUGACAAUUUCAGUGACGGGGAGCUGGAGGAUGCCCUAGUAAAUGCAAGGGACAGCCAGCUGUCAAGCCCAACCGCUGCCUUGCUAGGUCCUGGUCCCGAACCAAGAUCGGCACCUCACUUCCCUCGUGGCUCUCCCACGGUCUCGCGUCGUCAUAAACCCUCCAAACCCCGGUGGAUGACACUGGAAUCACAGCACGGCUAUGAAUUUGAUGAUCGGGAUGAAGACGUACCUCUCUCUCUGCUGGUGGAAGGCCACGAAGAGGAAGACCUCAAGGCGCGGCUUCCUCCGCCCCCGCAGAUGAUGCCUAGUUAUCCCAGAAGUCCCAGCCCCCAGUCUCCUUCACACCAUGAUCUUCCUCGCUGGGAAUCAAUUCGUACCAGAGGUAGUCCACCAUGGUCCCGUUGGUUAGGGGGACAACACCCGAACCUUGUAAUUUCCGACCCAAAGGAGAAAGCUCUGAUGCGAUGGGCAGCUCUCACGGAUUUGGACCUCUUUUUGCAGGAUGUGUAUGACUAUUAUCUUGGGAAAGGAUUAUGGGCCAUUCAGCUAGACAGAGCUCUUAACCUUCUAACUAUCGCGUUUACUUUGGGAAUCGCAUUCUUUCUCACACAAUGUAUCGAUUAUCACAAAGUGCGUGGCAGCCGGUCUCUAGACGAGAUCCUAAUUCCACAAUGCACGUCAAAGACGUCGGGCACUAUUUCAUUUAUUGUUUGGAUUUCCACUUUUGCCUUGAUCUACAAGACCUUCCAGUUUGCGGUGGAUACUUACAGACUCAAACACCUACACGACUUCUUCUACUAUCUACUAGGAGUCUCUGACCCGGAGGUUCAGACGAUCUCCUGGCAGGAAGUAGUCAGCCGAUUGAUGACCCUACGAGAUUCCAACGCGAUGACAGCCUUAAAUGCCCCCGAAAACCACCGCCAGUUCACAGGCACUCAGUCAAAGCAGAGAAUGGAUGCCCAUGACAUCGCAAAUCGGCUGAUGCGCAGGGAAAACUACAUGAUCGCCCUGGUCAACAAAGAUAUCCUUAACCUCACUCUGCCCAUCCCAUUCCUUCGGAAUCGACAGCUGUUCUCUAGGACUUUGGAGUGGAAUCUCAACCAGUGCAUCAUGGACUAUGUAUUCAACGAAAAAGGGCAUGUUCGCAAGUUGUUCCUUACAGAUACCCAUCGCAGGGUACUCAGUGACGGACUACGUCGGCGUUUCAUCUUCGCCGGCUUCAUGAACAUCUUUAUGGCCCCAUUCCUCGUCUUCUACUUCCUGAUCAUGUAUUUCCUCCAGUAUUUCAAUGAGUUUAAGAGUAAUCCGGGCGAGAUCGGAACGCGCAGAUACACCCCACUGGCAGAGUGGAAAUUUCGCGAAUUCAAUGAGGUCUUCCAUAUGUUUACCCGCCGUCUCAACAUGUCCUUGCCAUUUGCCAGUCGGUACAUCGACCAAUUCCCUAAAUACAAGACGAUCCAGCUUGCUCGCUUCGUUGCGUUUGUUUCCGGCUCUUUAGCCUCAGUGCUUGCCUUAGCGUCGGUGAUAGACCCAGAAAUGUUUCUAGGGUUUGAGAUUACCCAUGAUCGGACUGUUCUCUUCUAUCUUGGCAUAUUUGGUACAGUGUGGGCGGUUGCCCACGGUGUGGUAGGCCAGGACAAUGAAGUCUAUGAUCCCGAGUUUGCCAUUCGUGAGCUUAUCGAUUUUACCCAUUAUUUCCCUGCGACAUGGAAAGGGCGGCUACACAGUGACGAUGUGCGUCAGGAAUUUGCCGCACUGUAUCAGAUGAAACUUGUGAUCUUCGUGGAGGAGAUCCUGAGUAUGAUAUUUACACCUUUUGUGUUGUGGUUCAGCCUGCCCAAAUGCAGCGAUCGAUUGAUCGAUUUCUUCCGCGAGUUCACUGUACACGUGGAUGGUGUGGGCCAUGUGUGCUCGUUCGCAGUAUUCGAUUUCAAGAAGGGGUCGAAUGUAAUGCCACAAGGUCAGCGAAAUGAUGGAAAAUUAGACAUCCGAGAGAACUACUUCUCAACCAAGGAUGGCAAGAUGCUUGCUUCAUACUAUGGCUUUUUAGAUCAGUAUGGUCCAAACCAUCAGCCUGUUGGUCGACGACCGUUUCACCCACCACCGGGGCUACCUACACUUGGGUCUCCUGCAACUGAUCUGGGAGGGUUCACCGACAGAUACGAUGCGAAACGACCUGGACAGACAGUAGGUUUCGGUCAUUCCAUACUUGGUGGCGCUUCCAAAUUCAGGCCGAUGCUCGCAGGCGAUCAUCGCUCACCAGCAGCCUCCAUGCUCCUUGACCCACAUCACCAACCCUCUUCCCCCGACCUUCGUUUCACGCAGACGCAUAUGAAACGCGCCAAUGUUCUGCGGGAUGUCGCGAGGUCUCAGUAUCAGAUGAAACAUCCCAUAUAUGACGCAGAAGAACCUCUAUCUCAAGAAAUCCCGAAAUCUAAUCUUGCAGGGGCUUCUAGUGGAAAUUUUGACACAGUCAGUAACCCCGAUAACUCAUGGCGCAUGAAUCCAGACGGCAUUGAAGAGGAUGCCGAAGAAGAUGAGGAUAUUGAUCAAAUCACCGGUGGUGCUGGUGUGCUAGGUCUCCUUCAGCAAUUUCAGAAGACCAACACCGAUGGCAGACGACCUACCGUUGGAAUUUAA